AUGACCGAGCUCGCGCGAGCGUUGCAGGGCGCCCAGGACGGGUGGAUCCUUGAGGACGCCGAGUGGAUCGCGGCCGCGGGCGGUGUGCACGAGCUGGAGCUUGCGCUCAAGGCAAGUGAGGAUGGGCGUGUGGUCGACGUGUACCUCAGAUGUCGCAAGGACCUUAGGGAGUUGCCAGCGUCGCUGGGAAGGCUCACGGCGCUCCGGUCGCUCAAGCUGAGUGGCUGCUUCUCACUGACGGCCCUGCCCGACCUCUCCACUCUCGUCUCGCUGCAGGAGCUCGUGGUUGGGGGCGCGUCCAACUCGCUGACAGCCCUCCCCGACCUCAGCGCCCUGGCCUCGCUGCGGAGGCUCGAGUUGGCCAACCUCCCCGCGCUGACGGCCCUGCCCAAUCGCUCUUCUCCCUCCACGUUGCAGACGCUCAGCAUCGACUUGUGCAGCAGCCUGACGGCCGUCCCGGACUUCUCAACCCUGACCUCCCUGCAGGGGCUCUGCGUGCAACGCUGCUCCUGGCAGACAAUGCCCGGUCUCGUCCUUCUCACCUCGCUACAGUGCCUCUGCGUGAUCAACUCUGACCUCACGGAGCUGCCCGACCUCUCCGCUCUCACCUCGCUGCAGGAGCUCGACGUCAGCCACUGCGCCCUGAAGGCCCUGCCCAAACUGCCUGCCGGCGUCAAGGUCAGGCACACGCUCGACGGCUUCGAUCCGUACGCGUGGGGCGAGUGA